AUGAUGCAAAGUCCUUGUCCUCACGGUGAUCUGGAGACGACGCUGGACUGUGACGCCAACACGGUUGUGGUGUCCUGGACCCGAGGGAGUGGCAUUCGCUACUACAACGCUUCCGCCGACGCCUUCGACGUCGCCCACAGUGAGACCUGUUCCACCAACGGCACCUCCUGCAACAUCAGCUCUCUGCGCUGUGGGGAGAGCUACAAAAUAAGUGUCAGCGGACAAGGACGGGAUUGCCCCAGUCCUGCCCAGGACUGGCACCGCGUGACCACAGCUCCCUGCCCUCCGACCCAGCUACGUGUCGACUCAUCUUGUGACUCCGAAGACAUCGCCCUCUCCUGGCAAGCCUCGCCAGGCUCGCUGACCUACACGGCGGUGGCAGAGAACACACGUGGCCAGCGAUGGACGUGCAACACCAGCAGCACUUCCUGUUCCAUACCCGCCCUGCAGUGCGGACAGUCGUACCAGGUCUACGUCUCUGGUGUGGACGACCGGUGCAAUGGAGCCAGGAGUCAGAUUGAAGAGAUCCAAUCAGCCCCGUGUGCACCACACCAUAUCCAAAAGGACUUUGACUGUCGGUCCGGUGUCCUCAACGUUACUUGGCAGUCCACGGGCUACGCUCCGUACUUCCACGCAUCCGUGCUGAGCAGCGAAGGUGACGUCAGCGGGUGCGUGACAGACGGCCAUCACUGCGUGGUGCAGGGCAUGGGGUGUGGUCUCACCUACGACGUGACAGUCCUGGUCCAAGAUGGUGCCUGCAACAGUUCCCGCAGCCCAGCAGAGCAGGUCACCACAGCUCCAUGUCCUCCGUCAUCCUUCCUCCCCACUCUGGACUGUGACACCGGAACCGUACGGGUAAACUGGACCAACAGCGAUGCGGGGGUCGUGUACACGGUGUCUGCCGUCGACCUCACCGGUCGCCAGCAUAACUGCAGCGCGACAGACGGCGGUUGUGAUCUGAGCACGCUGGACUGCGGCAAAGAGUACAACGUCACCGUCACCCCAUCAAGGGAUGGGUGUGUGGGCGUGAUCAGCCCGUCAAGGUGGAUUCAAACAGUCCCCUGCACGCCCCAUCUCUCAGACGUGGAGAUCGACUGUCCUACGAACUCAGCCUGGGUGAUAGGCGAUGAGACUGCUGGUGCCAAGGACUACGUUGUCUUGGCGACCGACAGCCUUGGUGAUGUGCGAAUGUUUCAGUGCAACUCCACGAGUGACGGCACCUGCGCUCUGCCACCGCUGAGGUGCAGCCAGAACUUCACGUUCAAUCUGAAAGCCCGUGACCAUCAGUGCACCAGUCGGACCAGCAACCUUGUCACGACUUACACAGCGCCUUGUCCUCCCGUGGUUGUAGAGAAGUCCGUCAGCUGUGACAACGGUACUAUCAGCAUCUCCUGGGAGUCUGUCCCCGGUGUUGUAUCCUACACGGCCACCCUGGGGCAGGUGGGCGGACACACCACCCGUUGCACCACGUCGGACUUGAGCUGCAACCUCGGCGAUCUGCCAUGCGGCCAGACCUACGUCCUGCUUGUCAUGGCCGAAGGACGAACCUGCAACAGUUCCCAGAGUGAAGGACACAUAGUCAGGACUGUGCCGUGUGUUCCCCAAAAGCUCCAGGCCAGCCUGAGCUGCCACGACAACACAGCGUCCAUGUCGUGGAACGACAGCUACGGAGCUCAGACGUACCACGUUAGGGCCACGAGUACGACUGGAGAGACGGACGAGUGUAGCACUCACGACACGCAAUGCGACCUGACCGGCCUGAGCUGUGGACGGCUCUACACCGCAUCUGUGACGGCGGAGGACAGCGACUGUCAGAGCCAACCAAGCCAGAGUGUGACUAUCAGGACUGUGCCAUGCAUUCCUGAAAAUAUCUCCUCCGUGGUGGACUGCGACACCAAUUCUCUGAACGUUACCUGGUCUGAGAGCUCAGGGGCCGACUCUUACAUCGUAUCCGUGCAGGACAGCAAUGGUCAGACCACGACAUGCCAUGGCACAAAUGGGUCCUGCGGCAUAACGCUAAUAGACUGUGGCCUGAUAUACCACGUCUCCGUGGUCUCCUCCGAUGGUUACUGCAGCAGCCGACCUACUCUAGUCAUCGACACUGCCCCAGUCCCCUGUCCACCGACUCAUAUCACGGCAACGCUGGACUGCUACACGCAGAGGACCACAGUGAGCUGGUAUCCAAGUGAUGGUGCUGUGUCGUACACCGUCAAGGCCACAGUUCCUGGCGACCUCGCGGCCUGUGAAACCAACACCACCCACUGUGAUUUAGAAGGGAUGCUUUGUGGACAGAGCUACUCCAUCGCUGUCACGGCUGUGGGAAGCACCUGCAGUAGCACCGCUUACAUGACUGGAACGCUGCUUACCGAGCCGUGCACCCCCAGCCACAUCAGCGCAUAUUACAGCCUGACUAUCGGCCAGGUGUUGUGGGACGCCACCACGGGUGCAGACAAUUACACGGUGGAAGGUGUGACAGAACAGGGUCUGACGGUCUCGUGUAAUACCAACAACACCCACUGCGCCCUGUUCAACAUGGAGUGCGGUCAGAUAUACAACAUCAGUGUCGCGGCAAACAACGUUGCGUGCCAAGGCGUGUCUGCCUCCACUGAAGACGUUUUGAUCAAGACAGAGCCUUGUCCGCCUAUCAACGUUCAAGCAAGUGUGGACUGCUUGAGUAACACGGGGGGUGUGUCAUGGGAGGCCAGUUUUGGAGCCAUAGCAUACAAAGUCCACCUCGCCGGACACGAUGGCCACUCUCUGUCCUGCUACACCGAAGACACCUUCUGUAGCAUCGACGAUCUCCACUGUGGAACGGUCUACUACACCACAGUCGUCGCUACCGGAGAAAAACUCAACAGCACCCAGUCGACCAUUGUGCAUCUCGACUCAGCCCCUUGUGCAGUCACGAAUGUGGCCACUUACCUGGAGUGCCACAACAACACAGUCAGGGUGAACUGGAGCUUGGCCAGUGGGGCCGAUUCCUACAGGGUGACUGCAGUUUCAGCUGACGGCCACCAGGCUGUGUGUGAGAGUCCGGCGCAAGAGUGCGAUUUAACAGACCUGCUGUGUGGUCGGACGUACAACAUCAGCAUCACAUCCAUUAGUGACCACUGCCACAAUGAAACAGUCUGCAGUGUCACCUUCAACACACGUCCUUGUGAGCCCUCGUAUGUUGGCGUGGACCUGCAGUGUGGGACCAGCACAGCCAAUGUGCACUGGGAGUACAGCCUGGACGCGGGGCUUUACGUGGCAAUGGCUACCUCCAGCAUGGGAAGGUCUCACCAGUGCAACUCUACCAAUUCCAGCUGCAAGUUCUCAGACUUGGACUGUGGAGAAACAUACACGUUCUACGUCACCGCCGUCGGUAACGUGUGUCACAGUGAAAACAGCAGCGUUGUUUACAUUCAGACAGAGCCGUGCGAGCCGACAGACCUGAGAGCCGAGGGCUCGUGUGACAACGACACAUUUGCGGCGCAUUGGUCGGCAGCCAAAGGGGCGAUGAGCUACGUGGUGUCGGUAACAGGAGACCUGGGGUACGUUACCACUUUCCAAACCAACGAGACAAUGACGGAGGGAGCCCUUCCUUGUGGCCAACUCUUCACGUUCACAGUAAAAGCGCAGGAUGACCGAUGUGAUAGUGCUGGGAGCCAGCCUGCUGUGCUCAAGACAGGCCCUUGCGUUCCUCAGCAUGUGGAGAGUUACACACACUGUGAAGACAACAUAGGCUCGGUUAGCUGGGCUGGCACAGACGGCGCGGACUACUACUUGGCGAUCGCAGUGGGACGGGACGGCCACACCCACAUGUGCAUGACGGUCAACACCAGCUGCACUUGGGACGACCUGCACUGCGGCGAGCGGUACACGGUCCACGUCAUCGCCGAUGGCGACACGUGCGGCAGCAAGCCGAGCAACAGCACUACCAUACAAAUGGCGAGCUGCAUACCCCAGAAUGUGGUGUCCUCAGUCAACUGUACAACAAAGGUGGCAUCACUGACAUGGAAUCCAGUGGAAACGGCAGACUACUACAUUGUAACAGCCGGGGCAAACAGCAGCCAUGAAGUCCAGCUUAGCACCAACGACACCUGGACCGUCUUCCACCAGUUCCUCUGCGGUCAGGUUGACUUCCUGACCGUGCAGGCGGUAGACUCAGUCUGCACCAGCCGCCACAGCGAACCAUCAGUACUUAAGUCAGAGCCGUGUCCACCUACUGCUGUCUCCACUGCCAUGAACUGCGAGGCGGAGAUCGCCGUCAUAUCGUGGAGCGCCUCUGCCGGUGCGGAAUUCUACACGGCCACAAUGACACGGGAAGACGGUCAGACCCACGGCUGCUGGUCUGAGGGUGUGCGGUGUGGCGUGCCGGACGUCCCGUGCGGAGAGAAUUACACGGUCACUGUCGUCGCCUCCAAUGGGAACUGUCACUCGGAGUCCAGCGAGGAGAGCAUGUUACAGUCGGCACCGUGUGCACCCAGCGACGUGGCCGUGAUGCUGGACUGCGCACGCAAUGAGGCCGUGGUCACCUGGAACGCCACCAGGGGGACUCUGUCCUACAAAGUGACUGCUCAGAGCUCACUGGGGACUCAGUCUUUUUGCGAGAGCGCCGAGCCAACCUGCACCUUGACCAACUUGACCUGCGGGCAGUUUUACCUUGUCCAGGUGGUGGCAGAGGGGGAGGUCUGCACCAGUCUGCCCAGCCCCCCAGCACAGUUCAAAUCAGUUCCCUGCACACCGGAUAUUGGCUCCGUGGUUCUAGACUGCGUCACCGGAGCUGCCUUACUGGACUGGGGCUUGGCUGAGGGGGCAUUGAGCUACUCGGCCACAGCCGCGUCCUCCAGUGGUCAUGUUUCUACCUGCAGCUCCAAUCAUACCGACUGUGAGCUGCUGGACCUCCAGUGUGGUCAGACAUACACGGUGGUCACUCUGGCAUCCGACCAGGACUGCAGCAGCCCGCCCAGCAACCCUUGGAUGCUUGAAUCAGCGCCGUGUCCCCCUGGGGGUGUGGUGGCGCUCCUGGACUGCCCCACCAACACGGCUCAGGUGGGUUGGCAGGCCAGCACGGGGGCGGACACCUACCUGGUCCAGGCUGUCGGCGUGGAGGGACAGGAGUCGGUCUGCGAGACGGGGACCCGGUCCUGUGUCCUCUCGGGUUUGGGGUGUGGCCUCACUUAUAACAUCAGUGUGGCCGCCAUUAACAGUGUGUGCAACGCCUCCCGCAGUGACAUCACGGCGCUACAAGCAGCGCCAUGUGUUCCUCGGCAUGUGGAGGCUCGGGUGCUGUGUGAGUCCGGUGCCGUGUCCGUGUCCUGGGGGCCCAGCCAGGGGGCGCUGUCCUACACGGCGGUGGCCCACGCCAGCGGUGGCUAUUGGUCGGUGUGCAACAGCAGCGAGACAACGUGCCAGUUGGACGAUUUGAUGUGUGGCGUCAACUACUCCAUCAGCGUCAGUGCCAGGGAUCAGACGUGCACCAGUACUGGAAGCUCCGUGGUGGAACUCAACACAGUGCCCUGCGUGCCACAGGUGGUAUCGGCGGCGGUGGCGUGCGGUGACAACACGGGCAUUGUGUCUUGGGAAGACGGCGAGGGUGUGUCCUCCUACACGGUGCAAGCGUUUGGAGCAAAUGGUCACAGGAUGGAAUGUAACAACACGGCACCGAGCUGCCAGCUGCCCGGCAUGCAGUGCGGUCAGCUUUACAACCUGACCGUGGCGGCUCAGGACGGACGCUGCGAUAACAGUCGUGCUUACUUCAGCCUGCAAUCAGCGCCUUGCAGGCCCGCCAAUGUUAGCGCUUCUGUUCAAUGCCGCCCAAACGCCGCAGCGGUGGCGUGGGAGCGUGCCGGCGGCGCCCUCUCCUACCUCGCCGUCGCCGUAGCAUCGGACGGAAGCCACCGGACGGAGUGCAACAGCACCAUGACUUAUUGCGACAUGAGCCCGCUGAUGUGCGGACACACCUACAAUGUGAGCGUAUUCGGUCAAGAUGAGUCCUGUUCCGCCGUGGAAAGCGACACCACGUUUGUGCAAACAGCUCCUUGUCCACCCCUGGACGUGGCUGUUGAUUCUUUAUGUGAGCGGAUGGCCAUUUCUGUGUCCUGGUCGGCCAACCCUGACGCUCAAUACUUCCACGCGGUGGCGGUGAGUCAAACUGGGGCAAGACUGGACUGCAACUCCAGCAGCAUAGUUUGCACUUUCGACUAUCUGUCCUGUGGAGAGAACUACAACGUGACUGUGGCCUCUGUAAGAAAUGGCUGCGAGAGCGAGCCCAGCCCCGUUGUCCAAACUUCUUCAGCUCCGUGUGUGCCCAGCAAUAUCAACACACACCUGGACUGCGUGACCAACUCCGCCUGGGUGACGUGGAAUGCUGCUGAAGGAGCUCUCAGCUACGUUGUGCAGGCCGAGGGCGUCGGAGGUCUAACAACCAACUGCACUUCCACCUCAUCUCCAUGUAGUGCUCCGGAUCUGACAUGUGGGACGCGUUACACCUUCCACGUGACUGCUGUCAACCAACACUGCCGCAGUAAUCACAGUACCACCUUGGAGCUGGAGACAGGUCCUUGCACCUUGACCUCAAUCAGCGCAGUGACACAAUGCAACAGCGACACCGUCCUUGUGGAAUGGGAGAUGUCGGACGAGACCCCCGUUUACAUCGUCACGGCCGAGGGCCACGACCAGUCCUACACUUCCUGUAACAGUACAUCCAGUUCCUGCGAACUCCGGGAUAUCCACUGUGACAUGCGCUACAGCAUCAUUGUGUCAGCUUCCUCUGACAAGUGCAGCAGCCUGAGAAGUCCACCGGCGAUGAUCAAAACCGCCCCCUGCGCCCCACAAAACCUGACGGCGGUACCAGCUUGUGAGGAGAACGGCGCCACGGUGACGUGGGCCCACUCCCCCGUGGCCACGUCAUACCAGCUGACAGCCACAGGGGCGGACGGACACGUGGCGAGAUGCAACAGCUCCGUCAACAACUGCACCCUCGCCAAUCUGCACUGUGGCCAGCCCUACGGUUUGAGUCUCACCGCCAGGGGAGGGAACUGCACCAGUGAACCUACCGCUGCAUCCUUCAGAGCAGUGCCUUGUGCUCCUUCUGGCCUUGCGGUGCAUUAUAACUGUGAGAAUAACGCUGCAAUUCUUACGUGGCCCCCCGCCGAGGGAGCUACGGCGUAUCAUGCCUGCGCCAAAUCUUCGGCUGGCGAGGUUCUCUCCUGUGCCAGCGCCAACGCCUCCUGCGCUAUCGAGGGCCUGCAAUGUGGGGACACGUACAACUUCUCAGUCCAGGCCUCGGACGGCUACUGCAACAGUUCUGACGGUGCGCCUGUGGAGAACGGAGCAGCCCCAUGCGCUCCCACGGGUCUGGAUGUUGGGAUGCAGAGAGUAGAGCAGAACCACUGGCUAAUGUCCUCGUGGGAAAUGGUUGACUGUCCCAAAGCCGAGUACUUGGUGGAAAUAUCAGGUCGAAUCCAAGACAACCCCCAGGGCCUGAUGAGUGUCUCUUCUUAUUGGCGAUCCGUACCCUACUUUGAGACCAGGAUGCCUUGCGGCACACCGUAUAAUCUCACGGUCCGCUCCAGAAACUCAGCGGGAGCCAGUGAGCCAUCUGUCGCCUUCAUGGGAGUCACAGUCCCCUGCGCUCCGAACAAUGUUCAAUACAGCGGGAACACUCAGUCUGCUACACUCUCCUGGGACGCAUCAGUCCUCGCCACAGGAUACAGAGUCUACGACGUCUCGGGGGAAGGCCGUGUUGAGCUUUGCAGCACCGUCGGCCUCUCUUGCCAGCUGACCAACUUCAGUCCCGAUUACAUUGAGGUGAUUGCCAGCAAUGAUGUCGGGGAGAGCAUCCCGAGUGGAAACAUCACGGGCUCAGUAGAAUCUCGCAGGAAAAGAGAUUUGCGGGCUUCUCGGGUCCAAGAACUGGAAGUUCCAAAGCUGCUUAAUGUCUCGGUGAAAGGAGCAUCGCUGCAUGUCAGGUGGACAACAGUCAACCAUGCGACCGAGUACACGCUGGUCAUUGUGGAGGACCAGAGACAGCAGGUAGACCAUUACCAACCCACAGUAAGAAUUGUGGAAGGAAACUUUCAUACUGAGAGAGCUCUCAAGCCUCGGACCACCUACUGUGUCAGACUGGCGGCCACAAGCCACAGGGGUCAAAGCGACUACUGCAGGCCUCAGUGCAAAACUACUGGUGACUCCAAGUGGAGCACAGACACUUAAAAGGACUUUGGACUGCACAGACUGUCCAUCAUGUUAGAUAGUCUCUGCACUUAAAUUAUCAUCAACCCUCUAAGGAACAAAAAAUACACAUUAAUAUAUAAGUUUUAGUUUUAGUUUUGUUUUUCUUAGCUAAUAUAACAUCUGGUGAUCCUAACUUGUAGUGUAUUUAUCAUAAACGGUAUUAUUUUUGUUGACAAAAGUGAACAUUUCUC